AACGAACCCAUUGACUUGAAAUUUAGGGUUCGACAAUGGAGAUCCCUCUCUGUCGCACAAAAACGCACAACUUUCGCCCUUCCAUCCUCCCCACACACACAGCCAGGGCCCCUACAACUCCCAACAGUUUAGGUUUGAGACCUAGGACCUGGCAGAAUCAUGGGGCGAUCUUCAGGCAGCAAAGCUUGGACCGCAAGAAACCGGCGGUGGCGGUGAGGUGCGGGGAUGUGGGUUGCUCAUCCGAGGUGGAAAGCGAAUUGGAGGCGGAGCUGCGGCCGGAAGAAGAAGAGGAGUGGAUGAGGGAAGGGAUGUGGAGCGAGAAGUGCGGGGAUAGAGGAGUGGUGGAGCUUUUGGAGUGUUUGGAGCGUGAAGCGAUCAUGGGGGAAGACGAAGGCAAGGAACCUAAAGACUACCAUAGAAGGGCUCAAAUAUUUUACAAGAGCUCUAGGGUUUUUCAGGCUCUCAAGGAACGUUCCCAAUCUUGAUUUUCCCUUUUUAAUUUGGUUUUAACUUUUAAAUGCUGUGUUUAAUUUCUAAUUAAUAAUCCAACCGUCUAAUGUUUGUUGCAAUUUACAAUGAUUGUUUUGAUAAUUUGCUGUGCAAUGAAUCAAAAACGAUGUCGCUUCUUGUCGUA